ACAACAUACAACUAGAGACAUUUUUGGAGAAUCCGAGCAACAUAUUAGUAGUAACACUAACACAUGCCACUCACCACAGAAUACAACCAGAGACAUUUUUGGAGAAUCCGAGCAACAUGGUAGUAAUAAUACAUGCCACUCACCAUAGAGUACAAGCAAAGACAUUUUUGGAGAAUCCGAGCAACAUAGUAGUAGUAACACAUACCACUCACCACACACCACGCGUCUAACGCCUUUUUUCGAUGUGCUUCCUAAAUUGAUGUUCUGUUUUUCUGCUUAUGUAAGCUUCCCCUGAAUCUUGACCCACUCUUCUCCUAUAAAAACCCCUCAUUACUCAACCAAUGUUCUCCUACAAUCUCAACUUUAUCUACAAAAACAAAAAUUUCUUCAAAGCAAACAUACAAGUACUUAACUAUGAUUCCAUCAGAAACUGCAGCAACUCACUAUUUUUCUUCUGAAAAUCCUUCACUUCUGCCUCUUGACUUCAAUUUCAUGCAAAACAGUUCACCAUCACUCCACUUUAGUAGAUACUUAACUAAUAUUCUACCAAACUAUCCUGUUAACGACUUCAAUAAUCUAUUACCUUCUUGCAUCAGUAGUAACUCUACCUCUGAUGAAACGGAUGAGCAACAAUUUAAGAUCAUCGACGAGAGAAAGAAGAGGAGGAUGAUAUCUAAUCGAGAAUCAGCAAGAAGAUCAAGGAUGAGGAAACAAAGACAACUUGAUGAGUUAUGGUCACAAGUUCUUCGUCUUAGGACGGAGAAUCAUAAUUUGAUUGAUAAACUAAAUCAUGUCUCGGAAUGUCAUGACAAAGUCCUUCAAGAGAAUUCACAGUUAAAGGAAGAAACUUCAGACCUUCGUCAGAUGCUUACUGAUCUCCAGUUUAAUAGUCCUUUCCCUGAUUUAUGUGACCUCGAAGAUGUUCCUUGCACCACUGCUCAUCUCAAGGCUGAAUCGUCGAACCUAUCCAUCACUCAUUCAACAAAUUUGCUUCACUGAAAAGAGAGACAGAGAGAGAGGUGUUUUGUCUGUUUACUUUUCUUCAUGUUUGUUUGUUUUUUACAUGAAUGCCAAAUGAGUCUUUAUUUCAUAUCUAAA